CCAACUCACUAUCAAAUUCACACACUCACUUCCAAAUCCAAACACAGCUCAAAACAAACAGGAAAAGAACAAAGCCAGCCCCAUCCCCUCCCCCUCCCUUUCUCCCUUUGGAGACUCUGCAAGUGCAAGCUUUGCUUUGCAACUCUCAAAGCUGCAUUCUGCACCUCUAUUUCUACCAAAAAUAAUUAAGGAAAAAUUAUAUAUUAUACUCUCCUUUCUCCUCUUCUGCAUACAAUACUAAGUACUCGGAACCCCAUAAACCAAAACACAUGCUCCAGCUCUCUGCUCCAAAAACCUUCUCCAUUUCUCCAUCCCCACAGCCCCAUUCUCCCUCUCUCUCUUGGUUUUCUUGAUCUGGGCUUUCACAAAACUAGCCGAAAAUGAUAACAUCCUCUGACUUCUACCAUGUUAUGACCGCAGUUGUGCCGCUGUACGUGGCCAUGAUACUGGCCUACGGCUCAGUCAAAUGGUGGAAAAUCUUCACUCCAGAUCAGUGUUCCGGGAUCAAUCGCUUUGUCGCGCUUUUCGCUGUCCCGCUUCUGUCUUUCCACUUCAUAGCCAGCAAUAAUCCUUACGCGAUGAACUUACGCUUUAUUGCGGCUGAUACGCUGCAGAAGCUCAUGGUUCUAGCGAUUCUCGCGGUGUGGGCUAAUGUGAGCAAGAGGGGGUGUUUGGAGUGGACAAUCACGCUUUUCUCCCUUUCAACUCUCCCCAACACGCUUGUUAUGGGCAUCCCGUUGUUGAAGGGGAUGUACGGGGACUUCUCCGGCGCUCUAAUGGUCCAAAUCGUCGUGCUCCAGUGCAUCAUAUGGUACACUCUGAUGCUCUUCAUGUUCGAGUACAGAGGCGCCAGGAUGCUCAUCUCUGAGCAGUUCCCAGAUACCGCCGGCUCAAUAGUCUCCAUCCACGUUGACUCUGAUGUGAUGUCAUUGGACGGGCGGCAGCCGCUGGAGACGGAGGCGGAAAUCAAGGAGGACGGGAAGCUUCACGUGACGGUGAGGAAAUCAAACGCCUCAAGAUCAGACAUCUUCUCGAGGAGAUCAAUGGGGUUCUCGUCCACCACUCCAAGGCCAUCAAACCUCACCAACGCAGAGAUUUACUCUCUCCAGUCCUCAAGAAACCCUACCCCCAGAGGCUCCAGCUUCAACCUCACAGACUUCUACUCCAUGAUGCAGGGGGGUGGGAGGAACUCCAACUUCGGUGCAAAUGACGUCUAUGGGCUCUCGGCUUCAAGAGGGCCGACUCCAAGACCUUCAAACUUCGAGGAGGAAACUGCAAAUAACAAUGCGAACAAGCCAAGGUACUAUCAUGGCAGCAACAAUACACAGAGCUAUCCGGCGCCGAAUCCCGGCAUGUUCUCUCCCACCACCGCUUCGAAAGCAGCGAAGAAGGCGAACGGGCAGCAGCAGAAGAGUGAAGAAGGUGGGAAAGAUCUUCAUAUGUUUGUUUGGAGCUCAAGUGCGUCGCCGGUUUCAGAUGUCUUUGGCGGCCAUGAUUACGGUGCAUUAGACCACCAUGCUAAUGCUAAGGAAGCCAGAAUUGCCGUUUCUCCUGCCAAAGGGGAGGGACAAAGAGAGAAUGAGGAAGAGGGCGAGUACUUGGAGAAAGAAGAGUUGAGCUUUGGGAACAGAGGUGGUGGGGAUAGAGAAGGUGAAGAGAACAAAGUGAAAGUGAUGCCUCCGACAAGCGUGAUGACAAGGCUUAUUUUGAUCAUGGUUUGGAGGAAACUCAUCAGAAAUCCCAACACUUAUUCUAGCUUAAUUGGCCUUACUUGGUCUCUAAUUUCAUUCAGGUGGCAUGUCCAAAUGCCUGCUAUCAUAGCAAAGUCCAUCUCUAUACUGUCAGAUGCAGGUCUUGGCAUGGCCAUGUUCAGUCUUGGUCUGUUCAUGGCAUUGCAGCCGAGGAUCAUAGCAUGUGGUAAUUCCGUGGCAGCUUUUGCUAUGGCUGUGAGAUUCCUUACAGGACCAGCUGUCAUGGCUGCUGCUUCCAUUGCUGUUGGCCUUCGUGGUGUUCUCUUGCGCAUUGCUAUUGUCCAGGCUGCUCUGCCUCAAGGAAUUGUACCCUUUGUUUUUGCCAAGGAGUACAACGUACAUCCUGAUAUCCUCAGCACAGCGGUUAUAUUCGGGAUGCUGAUCGCCUUGCCAAUAACGCUCGUCUACUACAUUUUGCUGGGCUUAUAAACUCGGAGUUGGCCAUUUGGGAAGAAACAGAAUGCAUCCAUCCUUAGACUGAUUUUGUGUUAUUUUUUUUUCCUAGUAGAAGUUGUAAAAUGAUGUUUGUAGUUGAUUUUAAAGGGGGAAGAAAAGAAAAAAAAGAAGAAGAGGAGGAAAAUGUUCUCUACUUGAUUUGGUGUUUGUGAUAUAUAUUCUCUUGUUUUUGUUUCAAGAAUUAAUAUUGCUCAUCACACUAAGGAGUAGAGGUCGGAAAAGGCGGACUGGAUUUUCCGUUCCAGAUCCUUUUGCAUCUUC